CCCAGCCAAUCAGAGCGCCUUACCAGCAGCAGCCACCAUCCGCUAGCUCCUUUUAGCAUCUUUAGCUAACCCCCCGGAGCCAGAGACCCUCCUGUCCGCUCUAUGUCCGUUAUGUGUGUCGCUUGAUUCCUCCUGAAGUUGACGGUGCGAGCGACUGAAGCGAAGCUGCGGUGUGAAGAUGCAGUUCAUGCUGCUGUUCAGCCGGCAGGGAAAGCUGCGUCUACAGAAAUGGUACGUGCCUCUGUCCGACAAGGAGAGGAAGAAGAUCUCCAGGGACCUGGUGCAGACCAUACUGGCCAGGAAACCCAAGAUGUGCAGCUUCUUGGAGUGGAGGGACCUCAAGAUUGUGUACAAGAGAUAUGCAAGCCUAUACUUCUGCUGUGCAGUCGAGGAUCAGGACAACGAGCUGAUCACGUUGGAAAUCAUCCACAGAUACGUGGAGCUGCUGGACAAAUACUUUGGCAGUGUCUGUGAGCUGGAUAUCAUCUUCAACUUUGAGAAGGCCUACUUCAUCCUGGAUGAGUUCCUGCUGGGCGGAGAGGCCCAGGAGACGUCCAAGAAGAACGUGCUGAAGGCCAUUGAGCAAGCCGACCUGCUGCAGGAGGAGGCUGAGGCACCACGGAGCGUUUUAGAGGAGAUUGGGCUGACAUAAAUCACCUCUCUGCUGCCUCGCCGUUCUUUACUCCAAUUCAGAUCUGGCAACAUCCAUGACCCCCCCCCCCACCUUCUCCUGGUCACUGUGUCAGUGUUGUAUGUAUAUUAUCACCAUCUCUGUACUGUACUCUCCUGUAAUGUCCUUUCUAUGUGGUGCCAACUGUGCUUUUGAUGUGUCUCCUUAUGUACAAGCUCCCUCGCUGUAUUCCGCUGUGCUAUUAUCUUACAUCACUCUCGUAACUUUUUCAAAACACCACAGAGAACAAUGUAGCAACAACAUGAAAUCUCCAGCAUCAUAUUAAGAUCAUCCAUCAUCACCGAUUGAAGAGUUGGUUGUGCUGUUCAGCUUCAGGAACUUUUUAAGGUUCUGUUGAAGCUGCAGUUGGUUUGAGUCACAGAGUAAAGCAUUGGAUUUCAGGAAAGAAUAAAUACUCAGCUAUGGAAAUUAGAUUUCCCCCCCCCCCCCCACAAUUCUUAACUCUUCCAACCAAGUGGAUGAAAAAGACAUUUCUAUCAAAUAAUAGAUGUUAAAUUUUCUUCUUGUACAAAUUGAGUAAGGAGAAAUGUCAUUUUGGGCUGUUGUCUGGGACCCUGUUCAGACUUGGGUGUUCCCAUCUGCCCUGAUUGAUCUGAUCACACGUGGUCAGCGCCAAGUACUGGUCUGAACGCACCAAAAUGUGUCCUCAAUGCAUCCUGAGAUCCAAGCACUCAGACCAUAUUGGGAGUUUGUCUGCUUAGAGCUGUACACUCGUGACCGGGUCUGAGGGCGGAUGUUAAUAUCAAGUCUGAACAAAGCCUAGAAAUAACUUCUGAAAAGCAGCAGUGUUGUGAAAUGACCUCCUGGGUAGUUUUGUUUUCGAAUGAUCAUCAGAAAUGCAUUUUUUUGGAAGAUCUGUUGCUCAGCUCUGUUGCUCAAAUAUAACAAUUCAACUUUUAUCAACUUGGGCUCGUGCUAAUGUGGGAAACACUGAAACUGUUACAAUCACUUCUAUAUGGGUAAAUUCAGCCCUGCAGAGAAAUUAAAUUGAAGUACCAACAAUCAGUAUCAGGUUCGUAAAAGUUUGUUCGGUGACUCCUCUCCAGAAACUAACCAUUUCAUAUUUCUUUUUAAGAAGUGCAUGUUUACUUUUAAAAACCAGCUGUCUUUGUGUAGUUAGUGUAAAACUGUAUUUUCAUGUUUGCAUUUUUCUGACAAAGGCAUUUGUUUCAGAUGAAGUUUGUCACAGUCUCUGAAGUUAAAUCUUAGGUUGGUCUCUCCCUUAGUCUUAGGUCAGGAUAGUAUAGUGACCAAAAUCAAGGAAAAUGCUAUUUUAUGUAUUAUGAUAGUUUGGCUCACUCUUAAAGACUUAUUAACAUGACCAAAGAACACUGUGUUUAACCUUCUCAAUGGUGUCUAACAUGGCAGAAAAGGGAUUUAGGAUGGGAGGAUGUUUGGGUUAUUUGGUAACAAUAUAUAUAAAUACACACCAGUAUUAUGUUAUUAUUACAGUCCUUUUAAAGACAGGCGUAUCUUUAUGGAUCAGGAAGGUGGAAAGAUGAACUGCACAUAUCAGGGUACAUCAAUAAUAUUCAUCACUGACGGCUUGUUCAAGUCAACACGUUUCGAAACAGAUGCUCAUCCCAAACUGUUAUGGCAGUCCAGUGUUUUUUUAAUCUGCACUCUUAAAACCACAGUGUUUCUGUUCAGCAAAUAUUAAAGAAGUUCCUCUUUGAUUUGUGCAAAAUAAAUCUAUUACUUUUCUAUCAAA